AUGGCAGCCUAUGGUCCUCCUAUUGCUGGACCCGUGACUUUUGAAAUGGCCACCCGGGAGACAACCAGCUGCCCGCAAGUGGUGACAACUUUUCCGUGGCCCGGUGAAGUCAACGUGAAGCCAGGUUUGGACUACAUCGUCCUUCACUUUGACCGUUGUGUACGGUUGCACGGAAAGGAGACGGCAACCCUCUUCGGAUCUGGCUUCGAGCUUCCGAGUCUGAGCGAUGCAGUCUGCCGACACGACCUGGUUUCGGCUUCUCUUCCGGUCCCGGAGGCCCCUCUCAGCGUGUCAGUGCAGGACCUGAAGCUCGACUUUUGCGUGAAGUGGCCAUCCCCGAAAGCCACGACAUGGCUGCACGAUGAUCGCUUCCUUCAGGUGGUCUUCAACGCGGCAGUAAACCUGAACGGAACUUCCCGCCGGAUACAGCUGCGAGCGGGACCAGAAGCCGAUGCCAUCCCGGAAGGUGGGCCUGGGCAAGAAGCUCCGGAGAGGGUGACUGCUUUGUUCACCUUACAGCCCAGCAAACGCCUUUACUGGAUGUACGGAGACGGCAACUUUACAUCCGGAGUUGGCACAGUAGAGGACAACAUGGAUGGUACAGGCUCUCUCUUGGAGCAGCCUGUGUACUGCACCCAUGUACCCCAUGGGCAGGCUGCUGGGAUCCAGACUUGCGAAGAUCAUCGCAGCUAUGAGGUGGACAUUUGUGAAGUGGAAGGAAACUGUCCGGACAAAGAGAAGCUUCCCUGUGGCAUGAUUCUUGAAGCAGAUUUUCAGGCCGGCAUGGCCAUCAGCCGCGGGGUAGUCAGCCGGACAAUGACCCAGACGCAUCACACACGCGGCUGCCAUCCUCCGGAGCUUGUCAAAACACUCAG